GAGACGCCGGUCGUACGCGACGUCAACCCGAUCAUAGACAGCUGUUGCAGGGCUGUGUUCGCUCUUUCCAGUUGAACUUAUGUUCAUCAAGUAGCAAGAUGAUUGUGAUAUUCUUAGGGGAAGUAAAAAAAUUAUUGGUCAUAUAAAUAGUUGCUGUUUAUCUCCGGUGAUGAGCCUGUUACCUUCUAGAAUGCGUCAUCAGGAGUGUGGAAAUUGAUAAUAGUCACAUUCUCUAAAGUCGCUUAUAACAAAAUGUCUAAAUAUAUGUGGCUGCCACUGCCUUACGGCUCUGAAUCUUUUAAAAAGGAUAGCAGCACCAAUUCUUCGGACCUUUUCUCAAAUUUCUACGGCUUUACAAAUCAUUCUUCGUUUUGGAAUUUCACCCUGGAUGAAGGAAUAUAUGACAAUGGAACCAAAUAUGAGACCGAAUCACAGAACCCUACAGUAAAGGCUCUGCUCAUUGUUGCUUAUUCUGUCAUUAUCGUCAUUUCACUUUUUGGAAACAUUCUGGUAUGUCACGUUGUCAUAAAAAACAAGCGGAUGCAUUCUGUCACAAGUUUGUUCAUUGUGAAUCUGGCAAUUGCUGACAUAAUGAUCACCCUUCUCAACACUCCUUUUACUCUGGUAAGGUUUGUGAACAGUACCUGGGUUUUUGGAAAACUCAUGUGCCAUGUUAGUCGCUUUGCACAGUAUUGUUCUGUUCAUGUAUCGGUGCUGACCCUAGCGGCCAUUGCAAUCGACCGUCAUCAAGUGAUCAUGCACCCCCUGAAGCAAAGGAUGUCCAUGUUCAGUGGAUUCAUCUGCAUUGCUGUGAUUUGGGUGACAGCCUCAUGUUUCUCUUUACCACAUGCAAUCUACCAGAAGCUCUUUCGCUUUGAGUUUGGUUACAAAAAGGUUAGAAUGGUGUGUCUGCACAGCUUCCCUCAGCCCUCUGAUUUAUUCUGGAAGUACCUGGACUUAGCCACAUUUGUCCUUCUGUAUGCACUGCCAUUGACUGUAAUCUCUGUGGCCUACAUCAUUGUGGCUAAGAAGCUGUGGAUGAGGAACGCAAUAGGGGAUGUCACCAUGGAGCAGUAUUUUGCCCACCGCCGAAAGAAGAAGAUGACCCUGAAAAUGCUGAUGCUGGUGGUGGUUGUUUUUGCAGUUUGCUGGUUCCCGCUCAACUGCUAUGUGAUUCUGGUCUCCAGCAAAGCUAUUGUCACUAACAAUGCCUUGUACUUCACUUUCCACUGGUUUGCCAUGAGCAGCACUUGCUAUAACCCCUUCAUCUACUGUUGGCUCAAUGACAGCUUCCGCUCUGAGCUCAAGUCCUUGCUGUGCAUGUGCAGGCGGCUUCAGCCUGUCCACGCCCAGGCCGUGCCUAGCACCUCCCCGUCCUUCAGGAAUACAUGGGUGGAGAGGGUAGAUGGUGAGAGGAAAAAACUCCCACAUGGCACAAAGUCUACCUUCAGCAUGCACUCAGGGAAAACUGACAUCUUCAUCGUGGAUCCAAUCGUAGCUGUUUCAUAGAGUGAAAGCGGAGUCUGAAGGAAUCCUGAGCACAGUGAAGUUCAUAGAGCAUCUCGAGCAGCUUAUAUCGAUUUCCGUGGAAUUCAGGAUGGCUUCACAACCUGCUUAUGAGGCACCAUGGCACAGCACUGCAGAAAUGCACCUUAUGUUCAGUGUACUACACAUGUAAUUUCAACACAUCAAACAACUUUUUUUUUGUCAAACUGUGUAGCCUUAAAAUGCACUGAGCGUUCUCCUCUGAAAAAAAAAAAUUACUUAAAUAUCCC